AAAGAAAACAUGGCGGUUGCCUUUGCUGAAGGAUAACAAUGAUAUCUUCUUGUCCGACUUUCCAUUGUUAAUAGUUCGGUGUUACUCCAUAUUUCCUUCAGAACGAAACGCUUUCAAUUCAAGGAAAACGUAGCAUUGUCACAGAGAUAUGUGAGAUCGAAAAUCUUCAACCCGGAUCUUACUUAUUCGUGACCUUCUUUAAGGACGAAUGUUAAACCAUGGACUAUGGUUGCACUGAAGAUGAUUUUAUCACAGUAUCAGAAAUUCCUGUAUUGGAUCCUCCUCCUGGUUUUGAAGAUUCUAGGAAGAUGCUUGGCAAUGUGGAAGAUCGCUUCUAUGAUGACCCUUUCAGUGAAGAAGAAGAUCUUGAACUUAAGCCAGUGCUAAAUGACUGUGCUGUGUCUAAAUUUGCCAGUGAAAUGGCACACUCUCUUCUGGCCAUUGUUGUGAAACCUAAGGUUAGACUACGGAUUAAGAAGCUGGCACCGUCAACAGAAUCAAAUUGCAUUCAAUCUGGAUGUGAUGUUUAUUCACUCCCUGUUGACAGUUUGGAAAAUAGUGAAAGGCAGAAACAAAGACAAAAUAACACAUGCAGAAAUAGACACAGUAUUGCUGCUGUGCCAAAGUUAGAACCCAGUGAGCCUGUUCAUAUGACUCUUGAGGAAGUCCAAUCUUAUUUGCGUGAAUUUCAAGACACUUCUUUGUCAAGAAGACGUCCAUGGAUGGUGGUCCCCUCUAAAUCGGUAGAGUCCACCUCUUCGGAAAGUAAAAGAAAAAGCUGCUUUGUUUGGACACCACACGUAGUCGCUAAGAACAGUAACUUUGAUGAUGCUCGAACAAAGCGAAGUCGAAAGAGUUUAAGUGUGACUGCUGCAGGAAUUAAGCAAGCACUCUUCAGUGUUUUUCGCAUUCCAUCGCAUCAUCAUUUAUCAUAUCAUGGUGAAUCAUGCAAUCAAGUGUGUCCUACCGGAUGGACUUUCAGUACACCAGAUAACAAAUCGAGCAACCCACAGUGUACUGAGAGCUCACCAUAUCAACGUAGGGCUUUACCUCCUGUUCCGCAAGAAGAAGUUGGAUUUGUUCGUGUUCCUUCUCGCCCCUCACCUACCCUUCCGUCUUUAAUUGAAUCAAGAGAAAGGGUUAACCAAGCGGAAUUGGCAGAGGAGGUUUUGGAUUCGAAUACUUCGAACAGCGUACAGAACGAGUUCGAAACAAAUGUGAAUAGCUCACCUGAGUUUAAUAUGGAAACGACUACCAAUCAAACUAAUCUAGACUUUGCUGCUUCAAUCGAAGCUGUGAAGGACCAUGGAUGGUAUUGGGGUCCUCUAUCUGGUGAAGCUGCUGAGCAAAUAUUGUCCAACGAACCCGACGGAUCUUUUCUAGUGCGAGAUAGCAGCGAUGAUCAUUACAUCUUCUCUCUGUCGUUUAAAUUGAACGGCGGUGUAAGACACGUUCGCAUCGAACACGAUCAUGGAAAUUUCAGUUUCGGAAGUGUUGCCCGAUUCAAGAGCCAAACAAUGGUUGAGUUCAUAGAUAAGGCUAUCGAACACUCGAGGAGUGGUCGGUUUCUUUUUUUCCUUCAUCGAAGGCCAACACACGGACCUACUCGUGUUCAGCUGUUGCACCCAGUAUCACGAUUCCGUCAAGUUCAAAGCUUGCAACACUUGUCCAGAUUUGUUAUUUUGAAGUUGAUCAGGCGAGAUCAAAUCAGUAUGUUGCCACUUCCCAAACGGUUGCGAGACUAUUUAAAUACAACUCACUACUACUCAGAGCAACUAGAAGGUUCUCUGCAACAUUCCCACUUUGCCCCCUAGAAUGGUGUCAUUUCUAGUCAUUGAAAAAGUAUUUCUAAUUUAAUUUACAAAUUCUCUCCGAUUGGACAGAUACAUUUUGCCAAUGUGCAUCUAUAGAGUUUAAUAUAACCUUUCAAUAUAUAGAUAUACAGUGUGUUUUCCCGACAUAACACAAAACUGUCAAAUACAAUUAAUGUCGAAGACGA